CCUUUCCUUUCUUGCUUCUUCUCCUUCUCUCGGUCGGUCGGUCGCUCGCUCGCUCGCUCCGGUGCUUCUAAGAAAUAUUCCAAAUAAGCCUUCGUUUCCAGUCCUUCUUUCUCUCCUUUAAUUUUUUUUUUUCCUUUUUUUGCCCUUUCGUUCGUUUCAGUCCUUGUCCAUCAUAAAAAAACAAGAGGAAAUCCCAAAAUGGAAACCCUGGAAGCCACUGAAACCCUACGCGACAACUCCUCCAAGAAGCCCUCCGAAACCCAAACCCUAGAACCCCUCGGGGGACCUAGGGUUUCGGAACUAGGGUUUUCGCUGGAGGAAGAACCCCUAGCUCCGGCGCCGGGGGCGGAAGCUAAAACCCUAGGGUCGGGGUUGACGCUGGAGGCCGGCGAGAGGGAGGAGCUGCACUCCUUCGCCGUCGGUGAUUUCGUGUGGGGGAAGAUCAAGAGCCAUCCAUGGUGGCCGGGCCAGGUGUACGACCCCUCUCGAGCGUCGGAUCACGCCAAGAGGGCCCACCGGAGGGACCGGUCGGUGCUCGUGGCCUACUUCGGGGACGACACCUUUGCCUGGUGCCACCCGGCGCAGCUGCGGCCGUUCGUGCUGGAGUUCCAGCAGAUGGUGAAGCAGAGCAGCUCCAGGAGCUUUGUCAGCGCGGUGGAGGACGUCGUGGGGGAGAUUGGGCGGUGCCUCGAGCUCGAGCUCACUUGCCACUGCGUGCCCCCGGAGGUCCGGCCAGCGAGUGCGAGAGGCCAGGUCGGGAGGGCUCCGGUAGCAAAUUUCGCGCCUUUGGAGUUCCUUGAGCAUCUCCGUGAUGUGGCGUGUGAUGUUUCGGUGGUUGAUAUACUGGAAGGCGCGAUGCUAAGGAGUUGGGUCUUGGCCUUUGGGAAGGGGUGGAGCAAUGGUUCGGCCGGGUACCACCGUCGCCGGGGGAUAAUGGACCUGGUGGACAAGAUUGAUCUUGAUGUCCCACCAGGGGACUUGGCUGACAGCAAGGAGGAGGAGGAGUAUUGGAUCACUGGGAGCAGUGUUGUGAAAGGGCCAAAGAUAUCGGCGGAGAAGUUGUUCAGGAACAGGAAGAAGAGAAGCAUGGCGAAACUCAUCGCCGAGAUGGAUUUGGAUGCUGUUGAGGUUAGUGAUGGUGAGGACGAGAAGGUAGAGGAGAAGGUGAAAGAGAAAGUGGACUCGGGGAAGCGGAAAAAGAAGACUGAGAAUGAGAAAGGUUCAGAGAUGGAGAAUAUUGGAGUCAAGGCUGAAGAAGAGGGUGGCUCGGGUAGACGGGAACGGAAGAAGAGCAAGUAUUUGUCACCUCCCUACACUUAUUUGAGUGGGUAUACGAAGUAUGUGGCCUCACCUAGGAGUGCGGAGAUGAAGACACCAAGGACAAGUAUCGAUUCCUCGGGGCCUUUGUCACCCAAGUCCCAGACAAUUUUGAAAUGCAACUGUGACACAGUUCAGAAGGAAGAGGAUAAGAUGAGUCCUUCAUUCCAGGUUGAUAGCACUUCGGUGCAUGAGAUUCUUGUGGAGUUCCUCUGCACAGCAGUCAAUCCGCUUCACCUGAAAUGGAAUCGCUUGGCCAAGACAAUCAGGGGCUUCUUUGCAAUAUAUAGAAGCUGUAUGUACUCUAGUGGCUCUGACUGUGAAUCUUACCAAAAGCACCUGACUGAAUCUUGUGGCAUAAAUGGAAAAACUCCUACAGUGCACAGGCCUGAAGUUGGGAAAUCUGAGGGGAAGAGGAAGCAGAAGAAAGAUGGGCCUAGUGGAGAAACUCGAAUAGUUUUGGGUCCUGAUUCCGUGAAUCACUCUAAAGAAGGUAAGGUGGGAAGGAAGAGAAGGGCGAGGAAGGAUGCUGCUGCUGCUGCUGCUGAACCUCUGGUUAAUUUGGAACCCCAGAUUGUAGAUGUUCCAGUGGAAGGUAAACUGUCACGGAGAUUCAGAAAAGGCAAGGACGGCGCUAAUGGUGAAAGCAUGGUGAAUUUGUCUCAGGAGCCUCUCAGCCCUUCAGAAGCAGCUAAAUUGGGGCAGAAGAUGGUUAGGAGAAAGGGAGUUGCUAAUGGAAAAUCUCCAGUGGAAUUGGGUCAUGAACUUAGUGGUCGCUCUCAAGUAGGUAAGUCUGGGCAGAGGAGGAGAAAAAGCAGAAAUGCACCUAAUACUUUGCAUGUUCUCGAUUUGGAUCGUGCAAUUGCUAAUGGUCCGAAUGAAGGUAAAUCUGGCCAGAAGAGGAGGAAGAAGGAUGGAAAUAACCAUGGGAAUCCAGCAGCUCUUCAUAUGAAUUUUGCUCCGGGCAUCACACUGCCAUCCAGGGAUGACCUUAUCUCCACUUUUAGCAAGUACGGGGUCUUGAUUGAGUCUGAGACCGAGUUGCUCCAAGAAACUGGCAGUGCUCGGGUGGUGUUUGUGAAAAGCACCGAUGCAGAAAAGGCCUUUAAUAGUUUAGACAAGACUGGAGUUUUUGGGCCCCCAUAUGCUACUUACCGCCUCCGCUAUCUACCUGCGAUAAGCUCUCCACCAUCAUCACCUAUUCCUGUUCCAAAGCCUCCACUUCCUUACAUAAGGAAGAGCCUUGAGAGGAUGAUUUCUUCUUUGGCUGGUUCUUCCACCUCAGUGAAAGAAACAGGAUGUUCUGAUGGGUUGAAGCCAGAGGCAAGAGAUAACUUAGUUGGUGAGAUGCAGGGCCUCCUCAAGAAGGUCAACAAGAUGCUGAACGGACCUGCUGCUGGUACCCCUUUUUAGCUCCACCUUUUUAUAGAUAUAUGGAUCUAACCUAUUUAGCUUUAGAGUCUUUGUUAUCCUUUAUGUUGGUUAUGUCAAUUGGUCAAAGACUACUGCUCUCUUUAGGAUGCCUGCACAUUGGUGCUGUGGACCCGAAUGGGUUAUUGUAUUUUCGUACAUUGUUCCUAUGCAUGGUAGACUACAGAGACUUCAGCUUGCCUUUCUCUAAACUUCUUGGUGGUAUGUGGUUAUAUUUGGGUGGUUAGAAAUGGCUUAUUAUGCUUGUUUA